UCAGAGGAGGGGAACGAAGGGCGCGAGAGAUUAUUCGCGUGUCUAUAGACUUUUGGAGCUCAUUUAUCGGUGGACACCAAACACAGCCGGGUGUUUCGAGGAAACAGGUGGACAUUUCUUCAAACUGCUGUUUUCAACUUGAAAACAUCCUUAGUUGGCUGGUUGGCGCAAAAAAUAAACAAGCAAUGACAGAGACGAAAAUGAAAAGCGAAGUGGCGGACUUUUACAAUGGGCAGGCCGUCUUCAUCACGGGCGCGACCGGGUUUCUCGGAAAGGUCCUGCUUGAAAAACUGCUGCGAUCUUGUCCCGGCAUUGAAAGUAUUUACAUUUUGAUCCGCGCCAAGAAGAACAAAAAUGUGCUUGAAAGAACCGACCAGCUUUUCAUGGAUCAGAUUUACAAGAAGCUGGAAAAGACAACAAUGUCAAAGGUGAUGCCGAUCAACGGCGACGUCUCCCUUCCAGGUCUUGGUAUCAGCGAAACAGACCGCGCAACUCUGACGGAAAAAGUUUCUGUCGUUUUCCACUCGGCGGCGACCGUGCGAUUCGUCGACCCUCUGAAGCACACGCUCAUCACCAAUUUGCGAGGCACAAAUGAAGUGAUCAACCUUUGCAAGGAGAUGAAACACCUCAAAUCCUUCCUUUACGUGUCCACCGCUUACUCACACUGCGUCCGUCGCGAAAUUGACGAGAUCGUCUACGACAUACCCAUGUCCCCCGAACAGUUGCUCAACUGCUGCGAAUGGAUGACCGACGAUCAGAUGGAGUUCAUGGCCCCACAUAUCAUGGAAAACUGGCCCAACCCAUACGCCUACAGUAAGGCUCUGUCAGAGAACCUGGUGAAGAAACGCUGCGAAAAUAUGCCUGCCGCAAUUUUCCGCCCUUCGAUUGUGGUGAGCGGUGCCCAAGAACCUUUGCCAGGCUGGAACGACAACCUGAACGGCCCUACCGGAAUCACUGCUGGAAUCACCAUGGGCAUCAUCAGGUCGAUGAACGCAGACAAAGACGUCAACGCAGAUUUGGUGCCCGUCGACUAUGUCGUCAACUCUAUGAUCGCCUCAGCCUGGGACGUCGGAACCAACAAGUUGCCGUUGCAGGUUUUCAACUUCACCAGCGGAGGUCGGAACCCCCUGACUUGGGGCCGCUUCCGGGAGUUGCUGAUCAGCGUGGGUUUUGACGCGCCCCCGCUUAAGGCCCUUUGGUACUUCUGCUUCUUCAUCAUCAAGAGCACCAGAAUGCACAACUUCGUAGUCAGCAUUCUGCACUUCCUGCCCGCCAUCCUCCUGGACAUGGUUUCCACCCUCCUCGGCAAGAAGAGACGCUUUUUCCGGCUGUACCAGAAAAUUGAUCAGCAAACGAGUGCGCCGGCGUACUUUGCCCUUCGUCAGUGGGAAUUCAAAGACGACAACGUCCUCUCCACGAUCAAAAGAAUGACACCUGAGGACCGGAAGAUCUUCAGAUGCGACAUCGCCGAUUUGGACUGGGCCACAUACAUGGGCGACUAUUACCUAGGAAUGCGGCAAUACGUGCUCAAGGACGAUCCGUCCACCGUGCCAGAAGCCCUCAAGAGAUACAAAAAACUGCACUACCUGCAUAGAGGCCUGCAGGUGGUCAUGCUCAUCGGAUUUCUUGGCAUCGCCCUUAAGUUUUUCACCCUGAUUGCUGCAGGAGUAUCUUCAGUUGCGACUUCCCUCCAGUUCUGAUAGAGUAAAAAUAAGGAGUUCCUGAGUUUCUCUCUCUUUCAACUUUGCAUUCACAUUUUGAUAUUAUAUUUAAAUUAUUUAUCUUGAUGAUUAAUUUAAAUUUAUUUGAAUUAUCUCUUAAUUAUACUGUCCCACUUUAUGCUCUCCCAUAUAUCUUAAAUAAAAUAUUACAUAAUAAUAAU